AUGGACGCUACUGGAAGACCACCCACUUCGCACUCCUCCAACUCAUUGUUGUCCCGGGUUGUUCGAGUCUUUCGAGUUUAUACACGGCUGCUACGUGACGGCAAGGCAGAAAUGGGGAGAGCGCUUGUUCAGAGGAGUUUGUUUGUUGUUGAUGGUCACCUCACAGAAUACGGACGGAACUUUGGAUUCAGUCACAGGCAUACAGAAUGCGCUGCAUAUCAUUUGCAAGCCAGCCGAAAUGCAAUGGGAGACUCUUCUGCAGUCAGGUGCAUUGGAGUCAAGGUGGAUAUUUGGAUGCAGAAUGGCAGUCUCUGGGCGAAAGACUCAAUGGCGGCAGUCAGCGCUUCGGAAGUGCUAAGCAGUGCAUACUUCAAAUCAAUGCUGGAGAAGCUGAACGCCAUGAAUUCUCAUUUGGAUUCAUUUGCUCACUCCGCUGAAGCGAGCCCUUUGGGGCUCUUCGACCAGGAAGCUGAGCACUCUUCAAUCCUUCUCCUUAAGCUACGAUCUCCUGUUGAAGCAGCGUGGCCGGAUUUAGCGCCACUGUUGGAAAAAUUGAGGACAGGGAGGCACGUAUCAUACAUGAACGGGACGCGACUAGUUGUGAGACCUGUCACCGUCGUGAUUUCAAGCAAAAACCUAUCUUACCAAGAUCGAACCAACCUGACCGACUCAGACGUCAUCCUCCUUGACACCUCACUGGAAUCGUUGCCUAGAGCGCAUCACACAGAAGGUGGUGAGGAAACCGGUGGCGACAACAAAGCCGCAACUCUUGGUACAGAAGUCUCUCCGGCAAGGAACUCGACAACAAGGACUGUUAUGGCAACUGCCGAUUUCCGAGCAUCUGUCGGCCUCCCCCGUCGGGGCCGAUUUUCCAAAGAGCAGAUCGAGUUGAUCCGGGCCCACGUGCGUGCUGCUCAUCAUCAUGGACUGCUGGUCCAGUAUACCGGCAUCCAGUGUCUUCCGUGGCAAUUACGUAGGGUGAUCCUGCGAGUACUAGCUCAGGAAAGGGUUGAUCUUAUUGAAAAUGUCCAGAACGAUUGCUAG